CGAAUAUCAGAAUGCCAUGCUGCAUACGAUGCACUUCAGUAUCCAUUACUAUUUUCAUAUGGCCAGCUUGGGUGGCAUCCCAAUAUUCCUUAUUCAACAAGUGCCAGAUCUAACCAUCAUGAAAGCUAUAAGCUUGCAAGUAAUAAUGAUUCUGAGAAUGGGGAUUCAGACAAUGAAUUGAGACAAACAUGGCAGCGAACUCAAGUCAC